GAAUUAGAAAGUGUUCUACUUCACACCCGAAGACUGAUUGUGAAUGAGAGCCCUGGACUUAUGCAUAGAAGAGAAGGCGGGAAAUCUGGGCAGGACACUGUGUUGAGGGGUGAUGCUAGACUGAAGGUACAUGUAGUCGAGUGGAUGAGCACCGAUGAUGAGACUCACCUUGAACUAAGGGAUAUGCAAGUUGUGAACCUCUCAGAUCUCAUCUCCAUACUGGCUUCCUUGUGUCCGGCAGUCAAACACUUCUCCAUUAAUUCCAUUCGUGUCUAUGUAUCUGUAAGUCUAAUUACUCCGGUACCUAAGCUUGAUAUGCCUAUGAAAUCCAUCCUCACACUUUGCAUUAAGUCUGUGGAUUGUGAUGGAAAACUCCAAGAGACACUAUUGGAGAUCAAUAAAUGUUUUCCAAAGGCAGAGAGUCUAGAUCUGCAAGUGAUGAAUCUAAAUCUAUCCAGUAAAGAAUACAUUUCCGGGGUCAAUUCAUCAUCGUCCUUGAGGGAGCUUAAAUUAAGAUGGACGGACAGGGUUUCAGAUGAUGUAACUACAGCAGACAGCCUGUUUAUGGAUAUUUCUACCUCCUGUCCACAUAUCGUAUCACUGGUGUUAUCAGGCUUUGGAAGAUUUCUAUUGAACAAGUCAGGCAUAGACAUUAAAUCAUACAAAUUGCCACAUCUGACCAACAUCCAUCUUGAAGUAAUUGGGACGGAUGAUUGCUGCCGAUUUGCAGCAUUAACGAAUGUACUUCAUGUAGUUCAUGUGACAAGUCCACGUUUGAAGCUUGUUGAGGCAGAGAAGGUGCAUCUAGGAGGUGCAGAACUUGCCUCUGUUAAGUGGUCCCAAACAUCUUCAGGUUGUGAGCUACAACUUGAAGGUGCAUCAGCAGCUGUACCCAUGGCUGACCUAAUGCAUCUUGUGUCCAAUGAACUUGAAGGACUAACUGUCCUGACAUUUGACAGGUGCAAGGUUGACUUUCCUCAGCUAAUCAGUCAUCCACAGGGCACAGGGGAAGAGAGUUCCCUUCAAGAACUCAAGUUCUUAAAUGUGGAAAACCCACUGUCUCAAACUGACAUCCACAAACUUUCAGAGAUCUACCCUAACACAAAGGUCACAGUUGCACAUGACAGUAAGGCAUCACAUGAAGACUCUAAUCAGGGUACGUCGAUGCCUUUAAUAGGUGAGGUAAAUGGGUACCUGGUAGGAUUAUUCCUUGAAUGCGGACCGUGA